ACAAAAGCUAACGUUAACAGAGUGCGGAAACGUUCAACAAUGUUCAGACCAUCAGACAAGAAGCUAUUCCUUUGUCCUUUGGCCAUUAUGGUGGUGUUGAUGGUGUACCAAUACAGGUGGCAAAACAGUUCAUGGACAUACUUUGGAGGCGAUCCCAUGCAUCUGCAAUCUCUUCCUGAGUACAGGAACAAGAGGCAGCACGACAAGUGGCUGAUUGCGUCAUCAUUUACUGGCGAUGACGUCAUCAAGAUACCCGGAUGGAGAGUACUGUUACUUGUCAAUACUAGCCUAUCACAAUCUGUGUGCAGACGCCCGUGGUGCAUUACUCUCAGCUCAACUCAUCCCCACUUGCCCGCUGACAUUGUUGUCGAUGAUCUGUUCCACAAGAAACAGGCUUACCUUUAUGCUAUUUCCAACGGCGCCAAACACAUGUGUGUGAUCCGUCAUUUGAAUACCUGUGGAUUAGAAAUGCUGAAGAGAAUGUCUGACAACAUACCGCAAACAGGAUUAGUUCUUAUGCGCAACGAAACGGUAUUCGAUCCCCAUGUAUUAUUUAAGCCACCAAGUAACGAAGCAAUGUCAUCUUUGAAUGAGUUUUACAUUGAUGAAAGUGUAAAUCCAUUGGUCAUGUCGGUGUUUAAUCCUCUACUGCCUGAAAUGAAUAUGGGAGGGCAAUGCAAACGACCAGUAUAUUUUGAAUCAAUAAAACAGCAUGCUCCUAUAUUUCUUCAAGUAAACACAUUUGCUUCACUUAGUUCGGAUGUACUGGCAUUCCAUUAUGAUGCAUUCUGGGCACUCCCUUUAUUGGAUGUCGACAAAGGAGAUUUCAUAAUACAACGUGUCUUAUGGUAUUUAAAUGGAAGAGUAGGAAUCUAUCCGUUUCCUGUACCAUCACAAUCAAGGAUAGCCCACACUACCUCUUCAAACUGUUUGGUUGACUUUCUACAUUCCUGGGACUGUACCGGUAACCUAAAUGUGUUAGAAUGCUUGGCUGAAGUGGUGAAACUUCUGAAAGAUAAUCAACUCCUCAGUUCGUAUGAAGCCUUUUUGGUAAUUGAAUGGCUUGCGCAGUUAAGGUCAAUCCAAUAUAUAAUUCCCAAACGAAUCCCACAACAAAGAUCCCUUGAUUUAAAAAAAACUACUUUGGGAAUUAUCGCUACUCCAAUUAAUUCGACUUCUAUGACAGACACAUAUCACACACGUCUGAGAGCUGUCUGUCCAAAAACUGAUAUAAAAUUCUCAGAUAACACAAAUGACAUAGCGCUUAUAAUAUCCUUUAACCAGCCAUUACUGUAUGCCAAUAUUCCAUUACUAGAAGCCAUGUAUCGCCCUUACUUCAACAAUAUCAUUUUCUGUGGACCCGAAAUAAAAAACUUCACAUCCUAUGUUCAGAAUGCAACCACGGGGUAUUUCAUAUACAUGGAACUCUUCAAAAGAGACUGGCACUACAUGUAUGAAUGUAUCAUUGAAGCAAUGAAGCUUAAUGUCGAUGUGAAAGGAUUCUUACAGAUUGGAGAUGACACUCUGAUUAACCCUUGGAACAUUGACACACUGCCACGUGAUAAGAUCUGGCUGCAUACAGGUGGCAGGCGCGAGAAUGUUUCUCAAAAGGAUAUCAAUCCCAUGUGGAUUUGGUGGAAGGAUGGUAAACCGAGGAUACUAGCUGUCAUUGAUGACAUAAGAAACAUGUCACUGUUGAACUCAACAAGAUCUUUUGCAAAUCGUUUUCUUCACAAUUAUAUGAACAACUCUAACAAUUUUACAACUUUGACCAUUCAAGGCUGUGAUUUUAUGUACGUACCUGCUUCCUUUAAAGAUAAUUUUACACUUGUUGCUAACUUGUUGUUGAAACACGAUGUCAUGGUGGAAAUAGGAUUUGCCAACGUUGCUUAUGGACUUCAAAUGUGGAAAGACAUUCAUUUUGUGAAAGAUGGCAGCCUUUGGCAUAAUAGGGAACAAUAUACAAAAUAUUAUAACACCAGAGAUAUUUUUUUACAUCCUUUCAAACUUAGGUAUGACCUUUCUGAAGAAGUAGGAAGACAGUUCUUCUGUGGCACAUAUCUCAAUGCAUCAGCAAGAGUAGGGUGAAAGGAUAUACUUGCACAUACAAUGUGCGUGUGUG